AUGUAUUGGCAUGCUUGGUUGAACAUGCGAGGUGAUUUUGAGGAUACGCCACAGGAGGAUGAUGAGGAUACAACACAGGAGGAUGAAACGGAUGGUUGUGAGGAGGAUGAGUUUGAGGAUAAGACACAGGAGGAUGAAACGGAUGGUUGUGAGGAGGAUGACUUUGAGGAUAAGACACAGGAAGAUGAUAUGGUUGAUUGGGGGGAUGAAUUUGAGGAUAAGACGCAGGAGGAUGAUACUGGGUUGAGGUUGAUGUUGGUGAUGAUGAUAAUGCGCGGGAGGUUUGAGAUUGAGAUUGAGGAUUGGAGGAUUGAUGAGGGUACGCGUGACCAGGUUGAGGGUAGGGUAAACCUGGCGGAGCUUGAGGAUACGAUUGACCAGAUGGAGACGGAGGGUACCAGUUGCUGGGUUGAGGUUGAUUCAAAGGAUGAGUCGACGGUGCGGAGCUAUUAUCACUAUUCGGAUGAAUCAAUGGCUGCUGUACAGCAUUGGGGGAACUAG